GAUCGAACUGCCUCACACCUGUCACACCUGAAAAUGUCAGCUGUGAGACGACACAAGCUUUUCCAACGUUAUUUGGCUAUUUCGAGGGUAUCUCAAAUAAUAUCUGAAAGUACUUGUACGCCAUUCAGCAAAUUCUAUGCAACAUUGUCAGAAGAACAGAAAAAGAAAAUAGCAGAUGGCCCUGAUCUGGGGGACUUUAUCCAUGGGGAUACGAAGCCUGAAUCAGGAAACAUCAGGAGGAAAAAAGGAGAAAGAUUAAGACUUCCAAAAUGGCUAAAAACAGAUGUUGCAAUGGGAAAAGAUUAUCACAAACUGAAAGAAAACUUGAGAGAUCUAAAUCUUCACACAGUUUGUGAGGAGGCAAAAUGUCCAAACAUAGGAGAAUGUUGGGGUGGAGCUAAAGGGACGGCAACUGCAACUAUUAUGGUAUUGGGUGACACAUGCACAAGGGGCUGCAGGUUUUGUUCAGUGAAAACUGCUAGAAAUCCCCCACCACCUGAUCCAAUGGAACCAGUUAACACAGCCAAGGCCAUCACCUCAUGGGGACUAGACUAUGUAGUAUUGACUUCAGUGGACAGAGAUGAUCUUCCUGAUGGUGGAGCUGCCCACCUUGCAGAAACAGUUAGAGAAAUCAAAAAGAAUAAAUCAGAUAUCCUAGUGGAGUGCUUGACACCAGAUUUCCGUGGCGACAUGACCUGUGUAGCAAAGGUCGCAGAGUCCGGAUUAGAUGUAUAUGCCCACAAUGUGGAGACAGUAGAAGAUCUUCAGUGGUUGGUCAGAGACCCCAGAGCAAAUUACAAACAAUCCUUAAAUGUACUCAAGUUUGUGAAAUCAAACAAGCAAAACCUUGUAACCAAGACGUCUGUAAUGCUGGGACUUGGGGAGACUGACGACCAGAUUAUGAGAGUCAUGGAAGAUUUACGGAAGAUUGAUGUUGAUUGUGUGACCUUGGGUCAGUAUAUGCAGCCAACAAAACGUCAUUUGAAGGUCAAAGAGUAUGUUCAUCCAGACAAGUUUAAGUACUGGGAAGAGGUGGGCAACAAGCUGGGCUUUGCCUACACAGCCAGUGGGCCUCUGGUUAGGUCUUCAUACAAAGCAGGGGAAUUUUACCUUAAAAAUCUAUUGAAAUCUCGGAGGAAGAAAGAAGUCUCUUCAACUGCUGAAGUGUCAACAUAAGGAUUUUAUCUUCAGUUGGAAAUAAUUUGUUUUGAAGGGAAACAACUCUUACUCUACAAAGAUGUUAAUUUAUUAAAGAAUUGAAAGAUACUAUUGAAAAAAAGCGAUAUCAGAUAUCUUUUUCAUGAAUAUUUAUAUUAUGUCUGUGUAUUUAAUUGUUGCAAUUUAAAGUUUCAAGCAUAGAUGUGCAUGUAAACCCUAAUCUGGGACUGAAUGAAUCUCUUUUACUUGGCUUAAAUUGGAAUAGACCCACAUACCUGUAUAAUUGAAGUAUUUACCUGUUUUUACUUUAUGAACAUGUUUGUUAAAGGCUAGAUUUUUGUUGAUUACAAAUAAAACACUACAAACUA